AUGGCUGAUGAUUCAAGCGUACGUGUGGCUGUUCGGAUACGGCCGCAGGUAGCACGAGAAGUGAUUGAUAUGUGCCGAGUGUGCACUCAAGUACCUCCGGGAGAACCCCAGGUCUUUCUUGGACCGGAUAAGGCCUUUACGUAUGACCAUGUUUUUGAUACUGGUGUUGGACAAAGCACUAUUUACGAGGCGUGCGUCUCGCGUCUUGUUGAUGGAGCAUUGGAUGGUUACAAUGCAACGGUUCUUGCCUAUGGCCAGACUGGAUCUGGCAAAACUUAUACCAUGGGUACUGGAUUUGACGUGGAAGUAGACGAUAUGGUAGUGGGUAUUAUUCCCAGAGCGAUUACACAUCUUUUCAAUGGAAUCGCUGAGAAACAAGAACGCGCCAAAGAACGUGGGCAAAUGGCACCAGAAUUCAAGGUCACAGCACAAUUUCUGGAACUUUACAACGAGGAUUUGAAGGAUUUAUUGGAACCUGGUGGUCCACGUGGCGGAGCGCGUAUUCACGAGGACACUGCAGGCAAUAUACAUUUAGCCGGGGUAGAACCAAGGAUCGUGACCAGUCCUGAACAAGCUUUGGAGUAUCUUCGACUUGGUGCUUUAUCACGCACAACCGGAUCCACGCAAAUGAAUACGCAAUCAUCUAGAUCGCACGCAAUAUUUACACUGUACAUAAAGCAACAAAGAUGUAUCAAGGUCGAAGACCCGGAUGCUGACGUUGAUACAAGCGGAACAGAACCUGCCAAUGAAUUUGAAACUCUAACUGCAAAGUUCCAUUUUGUGGACUUAGCUGGCUCUGAAAGACUUAAGAGAACAGGCGCAACUGGCGACAGAGCCAAGGAAGGGAUUUCUAUAAACUGCGGCUUGCUAGCUUUAGGUAAUGUCAUUUCUGCACUUGGUGAUAAAACGAAAAAGGCACUUCAUGUACCAUACCGGGAUUCUAAGCUUACCAGAUUACUUCAAGAUUCUCUUGGAGGCAAUAGUCAAACCGUUAUGAUAGCAUGUGUAUCACCUAGUGAUCGCGAUUUCAUGGAGACACUGAGCACCUUAAAAUAUGCUAACCGAGCAAGAAAUAUUAAGAAUAAGGUGACCAUUAAUCAAGACAAGAGUUCACGAACGAUAGCUUCGCUCCGUAGAGAGAUACAACAACUUCAAUUAGAACUAAUGGAAUAUAGACAAGGGAAAAGAAUCGUUGGUGAGGAUGGUGUAAAUGAUGCGUGGCACGAGAACCAAAUGCUUAGCAGUGAAUUACAGAGCUUACGCACAAGAGUAAAAGCAUUAUCAGAAACGGUCGAAGCUCUUACAGCCAAAAACGCUCUUCUAUUGGCGGAAAAGGCAGCUGGUCAAUGGGUAGCUUCGGGUGGCGGAGGAGGAGAACAAGUUACAAGUUUAGUACAAGGAUACCUUCAAGAAAUUGAAGAAUUAAGAGCGCGUCUAUUGGAAGCUGAGGCCAUGUAUCAACAAUUGAAAAAAAGACAGAUGCAGGUGAACGCAGCCCAUCCGUAUGGGGAUUCGUCGUACAUUCUACACAGUGAUUCAUCUUCUUUAUUAGUUGACGCUAAAAAGGAAUUGCAGAAAGAAAUUGACGCAUUGGUUACUCUCAAAGAACAGCAGUCACACAAUGCAAACGUUAGUAGCAAAGAAGCCGAGGAUGCGGAAGCAGAUGAUAACGAAAACGGUCAAGAAUCUAUGACCGAUGACGACUCUGAUGAUGAUUCAGAUCGAAAAGAAGAGGACGAGGAGGAGGCAGCUAUGGGUCGAGAACUGGAAGCACUCACGUCUGAUAUUGACGUUAAACAACGCUUAAUUCAAGAAUUAGAAUUGUCUCAGAGACGAUUGCAGACUAUGAAGCAACAUUAUGAAGAUAAACUGGCACAACUACAAGCUCGUAUUCGUGAUACUCAAGACGAAAGAGAUAAAGUUUUAUCAUCCCUUCAACAGCAGCCAACGCCACCUACUGAAAAGGUGAAGAAAUUACGGGAUGAGUACGAAAGGAAACUAUCUGCCAUGCAAAAGGAGAUGCGACUUCUUCAAUCAGCGAAGAAGGAGCAUGCUAGAUUACUCAAGAGUCAAUCGCAAAAUGAGAAUAGACUUAAAGGACUGAAAAAUGAACUAGCGGAAAUGAAAAGAGCUAAAGUUAAGUUAUUAAAUAAAAUGCGCGAGGAGGCCCAGCGACACAAAGAAAAUGAACUCAGACGUAACAGAGAAAUUGCUCAGUUGCGCAAAGAGAGUCGCAAGAAUGCGAAUAUGAUUAGAACAUUAGAAGCUGAUAAGAGGAUGAAGGAAGUUGUACUUCGAAGAAAGCAGGAAGAAGUGACAGCACUAAGAAAGCGAGAUCGAGGAUUGAGCCAAAAGGCAGCUGGUAGAAUUUCACAGAAACCAUUGAAUUCAAAGUCAUUAAAACAAAGAUGGCAGACUUUCGAGAGAACAAUUACAAAGCAGGCACUAGCGAAACAAGCUGCUGCUGAAACUGAAAGGGAAAUGGAAAGACUUCUUCAAGAGAGAGAGGAGCUGGGCAGAGAUUUGGAGCGACUACAGAAGCACAGAAGUAUUCUUGCUGCUACAAGAGGAGAUACGGCAGACAUCGAUGAAGAAAUUGACAAUGUGAAGAGUAAAGUCAGUUACUUGCAGGAUAGCAUUGCCGAGUGCCAACGCGAUAUGAUGGAAGUGGGUGAUUGCGAUGCCGAAGGAGAACCAGGUGUCGAAGCACUUGUCUCCACGAUUAGAACAGUCGACGAAGCCCAAUAUCUACUCCAAAGAAUGCUAGCAUUUACAGUAGAGCAAAGCUGUGUAGCAGCACAAAAACAGAUUGAAGUCAGAGAUAUGGAAUCGCGACUGAACCAAGUGGCUCAAGAGAGUGACGUGCAGCAUCAAUUAUUAGAGCAUGUAUUACGUGACAGGGAUCUUUUGUCUCUUACAAACAAUCAUCACAACAAUACAACAGCCUACAGUCCCCCUAGUUCAAGAAGUUCUUCACCCGAUAACAGUGAAAGUUAUAGUGUUGUGAUAGCCGGAGAGGAAAGACAGAAGAACAAUAAAGUGAGGCGAAGAACUACACAACCGCAGGAACUUCUUUACGGAGUCCAUGCUGGCACAGAAACCCUCAAAGGAGAGGAACAAAGUCAAAAUCACAACUAUGCACUUACAAGGGUACCUAGUGCACCUGGAAGUUUAAAGGGUUUGAUCUUAACAAGGUCUCAACAUGGACCUGGAGUAACCGGAGGUUCACCGACUUUGAGCCGACGUGACAGCACCUCUCCGCGUCCUCUACGACGACCUUUACACCCGGGCGGAGGGUCCAUGGAACAGGUAGCACUCACGGAUGUAUCAUCACCACCUGGAUCACCGACAACUUAUCGUCGGUUCAAUAGUAGAGAAGAAAAUGUAUUUUCGAGAUUGACUGCAAGUAGGCAACAUCUACCUGUAGAUCCGCAGCCUACCAAGGGAGUGAUUUCACAGUAUCAGGGCAAGGCACAACCUAGAGCAGUUUUGCAGUGUAGUCACGUAGCUGAGGGACACAGCAAAGCUGUCUUAACCAUUUAUGCUACCAGCGACUUGCUUUUUAGUGGUUCCAAGGACCGAACAAUCAAAGUAUGGGAUCUUGGAACAGGCUUGGAAAGCCUAACGUUAAGCGGACACCCAAACAACGUUGUGGCGGUCAAAUAUUCAGUUGUGCACAAUCUUCUAUUCAGUGUGUCCGCAGCAUACGUAAAAGUUUGGGAUUUAAGAGCAGGCAACACUUGCGUGAAAACCCUAUUUUCGUCGGGACAAGCGCAGAGUGGUCCAAUUGCACUUUCAACACCUUCUCGGACGCUUCAGCUGCCAGUCGGGGAAACAACGAUCAAUGAUCUAGCACUUGGUCUAGACGAUCAAGAAUUAUACACCGCUUCUAGCGACAAAGUCAAAGUCUGGGAUCUUCGCAAGCUAACUUACACUGGACGUUUGAGCACACCACACACUGCAGCUGUUAUGUGUUUAGCAGUGGCUGAAGAUGGUAGAGUGAUUACAGGUAGUAAGGAUCAUUUAAUAUCUCUGGUUGCACCAAACGCGUCCGGACAAUCUGUCAGUUUGGCGCCUCCUCACUAUGACGGAGUUCAGUGUCUGGCUACACACGGAUCCACUUUGUUUUCUGGAUCCAGGGACAUGUGUAUCAAACGAUGGGAUUUAAGUAGAAUGGAAUUAAUGCAAUCAUUAAACAAUGCGCAUAAAGAUUGGAUCUUGGGAUUAUGUAUCAUCAAUAGCGGCUCGGUUAUGGUUUCUGGCUGUCGAGGUGGUUUAUUACGAGCAUGGUCCGUGCCCAAAGAUCAGACGGGAGAAUGCUCCCUUCUAGGAGAAGUUCGUGCACACAGCUCGGCUAUCAAUGCUGUGAUAACUAAUCAACAGCACGUUUUCACAGCAAGCAACUCUGGGGAGGUGAAGCUGUGGCGUAUUCCUGAUUCCUCCUUAACUAUGUCCAUGUCCACAGUUUCACUCUAACUUAUUUUAUUCUUUUGCUUUUUGUUAUUUCUUAGCAUUUAUUUAGUAUUGUUUUAACAGUGGUCGUAACUAUAAUGACUGAUUGUCGUUGAUGAUGGGUGGGCCUAAUUAUAUAUGGUAGAUAAAAAUAAUACACACAUUCGAAGAAGUAAUCUUUGUGCUGUUUGACAGUGAUUUUUUUGUUGUUUUUGUGAUUGGAAAAACCAUUGAAGUAUUAGACGUAUUUUGACGUGAUCACGAAGUAUAUCUCGUGCGCUAGCGAAUGCCAAAACAUUUUUAUUAUACGCCAACGUAUAAAAACAAUUUGCUAAACAAAUUUAUGCAUGGCUGGAUGUCAUACCCGAGAUGAAUUUAUUUGCUUGAAUUCGAAGGAAGUUAUGUAGUACAUUCACUUCAGAAAAUUGAUAUAACAUAUUAUACAAGGAUAUCCGGCUUAAAUACAAUAGACAGAUUUGACAGUUGUCAUUCUCCUACGCUCCUUAGUAUCCAGUAAAUCCGGAAUUAGUUUUAUUAUAAUAUCAGAAAGCUUCAUUUAUGUGACAGCUGUCGAGUUGAACUGUACUUGAGCUGCAUAAUCCUGUGUAUGGGAAAUAUAAAUUAUGAAAAUUCGAAUAUUUAAAAGCCUAAAGUGAAAACUGCUAUCCCUCUAUGCAAUGAUAGCAUAUUUUACAGUUUAUAUUUUUAAUCCUUAAUUUUUGCAAUUUAAAUAGAGCUUUGUAUCUUUGAGAAUGUAACAUUUUUGUCACUUGCAUAAAUACAAAUCAAAAACUAUUUUUGUUUUAAGAGUUACUACUGUACUAAGUAUUAAAAAAUGUCAUUAUAUUUAAAGUUUAUGGAAACUACUUGCAUUUAAGAGGGAUUUCAGUGUUUCGCUGUAAAAGCAGUUUCACAAUUUAUUCGGAUUAAUAGAUCAAUUUAAUUUAAUUAUCAUUGUUUUGCUUAUGUGUCGUUUAUGCUCAUAUUUGGUGCUUUGCAUGGUUACCAUUGAAACAACGAAGUGAUGGAACUGUGAAGUUGUGGAACUACUACAAGAGAGAUCCAAGAAGUUUCCAGAGGAGCACCUCGCUGAAAGGCUAGUGCGCAUAGCAUAACAAAUUGUAGCUAUUAUGUAAUUAUGAAUUCUUUAAUUUAUUCUAUUUGUUAAUUAAUAUAAAUUUAUAUUAGGAUCUGUAUUGAAAUGACGGCGAACCAUUCAUUGCCUGUUUGGUGUCCCAAUACUUAGAUUGUCACAUUAUUCAGGAUUAUUUCUAGUUCAUAUUACGAAACAGUAUCAAUUUUUUAAUUUAUAUGUAAUUAAUGUUAACUGUUAACAAUUGUAAUUACGUAUACAUUAUACGUAUUAUAUACAAUGAGGACUGGGUAAAUACUCAUGUAGCCUAUACACGUGAGUAGUAAUUAAGUUGUUCCAUGUUCAAAAGUGCGUUUAAUGUUUUUUUUAAUGCAACUUUCAACAGAGUAAUGAUUGGUCUUAUUGCCGCAAUUUGCCUAAAGUUAUACCCUUAAAAAAUAAAACCUAUUUAAAUAACAGAACAAA